AGAGCAGCUCAGGGUACGGGGCUUUGUAAAGCAGCGACUCGCACGUGUGUUGAGGGCGUCGCUUCUAUCCCUGCAGGUCUACGAGAACCCGGACUCCAGGUAUCCCGGGAUGACCGCCUGGGUGCCUCCCGAUGCGCUGGGUCGGAGAGUCUCGUGUGGCACCGACUACGGGACUGUGCGCUAUAUGGGCAGCGUGGCUCGUACAUCAGGAAUUUGGCUGGGUGUGGAAUGGGAUGAUCCUCAGAGAGGAAAACAUGAUGGCUGCUACGAAGGGACACAGUACUUUAAGUGCAGGCAUCCUAAAGGAGGAUCAUUUAUCCGGCCAAACAAGGCAAAUUUUGGAGUAGAUUUUCUUACUGCAGUAAAGGAUCGGUACGGAUUGAAUGAUAAGCAAGAUGUUCAGUAUGGGACAGAGAAUACAGUAGUAUUUGGAACGAAGACUGUGGAAUUCGUUGGCAUGGAUUCCGUUGCAGAACAGCAAAGACAACUGAACAAACUGGUAGAUAUCUCGGUGCGUGAGUGUGCAGUGAGCCAUGCUGGUCAGACAGAGGAAAUCAGCAGAACGUGUGCCAAUAUGAGGCAUAUAAACCUAUCAAAAAAUUUGAUAUCGUCUUGGGAGACAGUAAUAGAUAUUGCAUCUCAAGUUCAGAAUCUGGAAACACUUAAUGUCAGUGAAAACAAAAUGAGAUUUCCAUCUACAUCAGCUUCUAUAUCCAGUGCAUUUUCAAAUUUGAAGAUUCUGGCACUUAAUCAAACUGAAAUAACAUGGACAGAGGUUCUUCUCUGUGCUCAAGGAUGGCCAGCACUUGAAGAGUUGUACGUUUCUUCUAAUAGUAUUACAGUUUUGGAAAGACCUGAUAAUGUCCUGAAGACCCUGAAGUUGUUAGACCUUUCAGACAACCAGUUACUGGAUGGAAAUCAACUGCAUCUAUUAGCACAUCUCCCCAGAUUAGAACAGCUAAUACUUAGAAACACUGGCAUAUCUUCUAUUCACUUUCCUGAUGCUGGAUUUGGCUGCAAGACUAAAAUGUUUCCUUCACUAAAACGCCUUGCAAUAAAUGACAAUAAAAUAUCACAGUGGUCAUCUAUCAAUGAGCUUGAUAAACUGCCAAGUUUGCGGUCUCUGCAGUGUAACAAUAACCCUCUCAUGGACACAGAGAAGAACCCAGAGACCCUGAUACAGCUAAUUAUUGCCAAGAUAAGUCAGUUGGAGGUUUUGAAUAACUGUGAGAUCCUUCCUGCUGAAAGAAGAGGAGCAGAGCUUGAUUAUCGCAAAAUAUUUGGAAAUGACUGGUUAGAAGCUGGUGGGCAUUGGGACCCAGAGAAAAACAAACCAAGCGAAGAAUUUCUUGUUGCCCACCCCAGAUACCCAUCACUCUGUCUUAAAUAUGGUGCACCUGAAGAAGGAGAACUGAAGGGACGGCAGCCUUUGACUCUGAAAAAUCAGCUUCUGACUUUGACAAUUAAGUGUCCUGAGAAACCUGAACAGAAGCCAGUAGAGAAAAAGCUACCAGAGUCUAUGACUAUUCAGAAGGUCAAAGGACUGCUCUAUCGCCUAUUUAAAAUUCCUGGGUCAGAACUGAAACUGUCCUACGAAAGUUCUAAACUGGAAGGAAAAGAAGUUGAACUAGACAAUGACUUAAAGCCUUUGCAGUUUUACUCAAUAGAAAGUGGAGACUGUGUGUUAGUACGGUGGUAAGAAGGGACUCUUGCUAGACUGAAGGAAAAGCCGACACAGGAGCUGCAGAAGAGUGACAGAGUGGCCGCAGGCAGUAUGGACAGCCUGUGCCUGAACACACCUGUGGGCGAAUACGAGUUUCACACCUGGCACCAGAGGGCUGUACAACUGUACUUUCAGCUCCUCAACUCAGUCAUCAGCCUCCCUGAAAGCAUCUGCUCAUUUCUCUUACUUGAGAGAUACCAAAUAGUACUUAAAUGCUUUAAUUAAAUAAAACUCAAGGUAACCUUUCUGCCUUCCCACUGCAGCAGUGAGAAUUUGUUUUACUGAACCGAGUACAGGGUUUAGUUGUGAUCUCUUUGCUUACAAGACAAGAUUAGUGCUGCACUGAGAGGCUACUUGCUCUUUGUUUUCACCUACAUCCAGCAACCUUAAAGCAAAUGAAACCCAGCAGUAAUUUUAGAAGUACCUACACAGCCUUAGACUAUUAAAAGUCAAAAUCUGACAGACCUUUAUUCUACCCUACAGUGUUAACAUACCAUAGUAUAAAUAAGUUCUCAGCACACUGCAAGGCAAUGCUACUUAUUUUACAUUCUUUAGUGUGCUCGUCCUCAAUCUUACUUUACUUUCCACUGUGUAACCUCAGACUCAUAUCUAAUAACACAGUGAGUUCUCAGAAAUCCCUCCUAAGUUUGCAGUACUUGAAGAUUUGGUAUAAGCAAACUUUGAUCCUGUUUUUAUCUAAAAUGGCAAUGGUAUAAACAAAGUAAGUGUAAAUCCUAACCCCCAUUGCUGUCCCAGCCCCUGCACAGAUGAGGGCAACCCUUCAGACAGCACAGAACCUGCUGCAGCAAGACUUACCGGAUGCCCUGGUGCUGAGCACAGCUCUCCACUGGAUCCUGGUACUGCUCUAUACUCAGUUAAAUCAGUAAUUCUUUAAUUUACAAAAGACAGGCUAGUUGGCAUUCUUAAGUGCAUUUAUUAAUUACAAGUAGGUCUUUACCUUUAUAUAAAAAGGAAAUUUUUUUAUCUUAAGCAUUUUGGUUUUUGUCAGAUCAAUCUAUACUAUAGAAAAUGAAUAGUAUCAGUCCACUUCUAGUUAUCAAAAGGGAUGUGCAAAUAUUGUUAUGCUUAAGUUGAAACCCAACAUUAAAAGGUACCUUAAUAUUUCUUAUUGUUCCUGGAAUAAAUCAAAAUGUACACUUUUCCAUGAUCAUUAUACACUACCCUGUUUUCCAAGGCAAGUCCAUCAUCUUUCCUCACAUCUACAUGGAUCUCCACACAGUUCCUUUAAUCUCCACAGCUCUUUCAGUUCCUGGGGAGAGUACUGGGGGGAAGACAGCAUGCCACUCUCACAUGUCUUCUCACACAACCAAAGACCAUCCUGUUAGAGAGAGAACCAUUUCAACAGUUUUUCUUACAAACGAUUUAGUCCCCAGGAAUUUUCACUUUCAAGAAUCGAGUGUUCUUUGUUUACAGCAACAAACUUUGCACACAAAGGUCCCCAAAUGAUCUGCUCGACCUAAUCAGAGAACCUGAGAGGUAGGGAUGGCAUCUGCAGGUGGUUUGUGGGGGUUUUGUGGUUUAUCUUUGAAAUACAUCUUCAAAUUUUGGUGUUUUUUUUUUCCUCUGGAUUUUAAUUCAAUGGUUGUUUCAAUUUCUUUUUAA